AUGAUUGAAGUAAAUUUUCUGUAGAAGAAACUGUUAUAAAAACUGGUUUUACAGAGAAUAACGCAUAUUCCAAAUAUACUUAAUUAGGGUGUGAGUUUAUUGUUACUGGACUAUAAAGUUAGAUUAUAAGCAAGGGUUAAAUUGUAUUGAGCCUGUUACCUAUCACUCACAACAGUGUGGGCAAUGACAGGCACAUAAAGAGGAUAGCUUUGAAAUAACUGACUACUGGGUCUAGGCUAAACGGCCAAGAGUUGGCUGGAAGAACAAGGGCCAAAGAGCACAGAUUUAUGAAGAAAUACAAGAGAAUGAGAAGGCACACAUCUAGUCCGAACCAAGGUGGGGACCCCAGAGUUCUAAAUACCAGAAAGGUCCAACAGACCCUGGAACUGCAGUCUAAGGUGAUGAAUGGGUUUGUGGGGGGAAGAUGAUAGUCACAAGGAGAUAUGAAGGAGUCUCACGUGAGCCAACAGUAUAGAUUCUGAAGGCGUUGAUGGCAGGAGAAACAAAAUACACAGGGAAAGAUAAUCUCAGUGUUAAAGACAGAUGUAUGCCUAGAGGCCAAGAGAGAAAAUGAGCUGCAGAGAGAAUGCAGUAGCCUGCCAGCCAGCCGGUAAAGAAGUGAGGCUGGUUCAGCGGACGUGCGCGGCCUCGCUCUGUGGACUCGUCACCCGCCCCUCCCCCUCCCGCCGCCGUCACCCAGGAAACCGGCGGCAAACGCGGGCAGACCUGAAGCUGGUUUCAUGGCAGCCUCAAAGACGGCAGUUUUGGGGCCACUGGUGGGGGCGGUGGACCAGGGCACCAGUUCCACGCGCUUUUUGGUUUUCAAUUCAAGAACAGCUGAACUACUUAGUCAUCAUCAAGUGGAAAUAAAACAAGAGUUCCCAAGAGAAGGAUGGGUGGAACAGGACCCUAAGGAAAUUCUACAUUCUGUCUAUGAGUGUAUAGAGAAAACAUGUGAGAAACUUGGACAGCUCAAUGUUGGUAUUUCCAACAUAAAAGCUAUUGGUGUCAGCAACCAGAGGGAAACCACUGUAGUCUGGGACAAGAUAACUGGAGAGCCUCUCUACAAUGCUGUGGUGUGGCUUGAUCUAAGAACACAGUCUACCGUUGAGAGUCUUAGUAAAAGAAUUCCAGGAAAUAAUAACUUUGUCAAGUCCAAGACAGGCCUUCCACUUAGCACUUACUUCAGUGCAGUGAAACUUCGCUGGCUCCUUGACAAUGUGAGAAAAGUUCAAAAGGCCGUUGAAGAAAAACGAGCUCUUUUUGGGACUAUUGAUUCAUGGCUUAUUUGGAGUUUGACAGGAGGCGUCAAUGGAGGUGUCCACUGUACAGAUGUAACAAAUGCAAGUAGGACUAUGCUUUUCAACAUUCAUUCUUUGGAAUGGGAUAAACAACUCUGUGAAUUUUUUGGAAUUCCAAUGGAAAUUCUUCCACAUGUUCGGAGUUCUUCUGAGAUCUAUGGCCUAAUGAAAGCUGGGGCCUUGGAAGGUGUGCCAAUAUCUGGGUGUUUAGGGGACCAGUCUGCUGCACUGGUGGGACAAAUGUGCUUCCAGAUUGGACAAGCCAAAAAUACGUAUGGAACAGGAUGUUUCUUACUAUGUAAUACAGGCCAUAAGUGUGUAUUUUCUGAUCAUGGCCUUCUCACCACAGUGGCUUACAAACUUGGCAGAGACAAACCGGUAUAUUAUGCUUUAGAAGGUUCUGUAGCUAUAGCUGGUGCUGUUAUUCGCUGGCUAAGAGACAAUCUUGGAAUUAUAAAGACCUCAGAAGAAACUGAAAAACUUGCUAAAGAAGUAGGUACUUCUUAUGGCUGCUACUUCGUCCCAGCAUUUUCGGGGUUAUAUGCACCUUAUUGGGAGCCCAGCGCAAGAGGGAUAAUCUGUGGACUCACUCAGUUCACCAAUAAAUGCCAUAUUGCUUUUGCUGCAUUAGAAGCUGUUUGUUUCCAAACUCGAGAGAUUUUGGAUGCCAUGAAUCGAGACUGUGGAAUUCCACUCAGUCAUUUGCAGGUAGAUGGAGGAAUGACCAGCAACAAAAUUCUUAUGCAGCUACAAGCAGACAUUCUGUAUAUUCCAGUAGUGAAGCCCUUGAUGCCUGAAACCACUGCACUGGGUGCUGCCAUGGUGGCAGGGGCUGCAGAAGGAGUCGAUGUAUGGAGUCUUGAACCUGAGGAUUUGUCUGCCGUCACGAUGGAGCGGUUUGAACCUCAGAUUAAUGCUGAGGAAAGUGAAAUCCGUUAUUCUACAUGGAAGAAAGCUGUGAUGAAGUCAAUGGGUUGGGUUACAACUCGAUCUCCAGAAAGUGGUGACCCUAGUGUCUUCUGUAGUCUGCCCUUGGGCUUUUUUAUAGUGAGUAGCAUGGCAAUGUUAAUCGGAGCAAGGUACAUCUCAGGUAUUCCAUAAAACCUACCAACUCAUGGAUUCCCAAGAUGCGAGCUUUUUACAUAAUGCAAGAACAACCCAGCAAUUGUCUCUUAAUGCGAUGACACUAUUCAUAGACUUUGAUUUUAUUUAUAAGCCACUUGCUGCAUGACCCUCCAAGUAGACCUGUGGCUUAAAAUAAAGAAAAUGCAGCAAAAAGAAUGAUAUAGAAAUAUUUGGUGUGUGUGUGUGUGUUUUUUUUUUUUAACAUCCACAGUUAAGGUUGGGCCAGCUAUCUUUGGGGCUGACCCCCUCCAUUGCCAUAACAUCCCGCUCCAUUCCCUCUAAGAUGUAGGAAGAAUUCAGAUCCUUACCAUUGGACUCUUCCAUCAAACAUACUCAAACACUACUGGAACAGGAUUUGAGUCUCUGCAUGACAUAUACUUGAUUAAAAGGUUAUUACUAACCUGUUAAAAAUGAGCAGCUCUUUGCUUUUAACAGACACCCCAAAAGUCUUCUUUUCUACAUAGUGGAAGAUGGAAACACCUUCACUGAAUGUUUGAAUAGAAACAUCUACUAAAUUAUUAAAAUAGACAUUUAGUGUUCUCAUAUCUUGGAUAUUUUUCUGAAAAGUAUUUGCCAAAACUGAAAUCCUUACAAUAUUUUCCAUGGUCCCACUAAUUAUAAUGACUUUCUGUCUGGAUCUUAUAGAAAAGGAUACUUUCUUUUUUCUUUCAUCUUUCCUUUUUAUAUUUUUUACUUUGUAUGUAUAACAUAUAUGCCUAUAUAUUUUAUACACUGAGGGUAGCCCAUUUAUAAAUUAAGAGCACAUUAUAUUCAGAAGGUUCUAACAGGGCUGGUCUUAAGUGAACCACUAUGUAUAUAAAUAUGUUGGAAAACAGCUGUGUACAUUAUUGGGCAAUGGUUAUGCAUAAUAUUUACCAGGAGAAUUUUUUUCUUAAAGAGCCAACAUUUAAAAUUUAUGUUUUAUGUCCAUAAAAGAAAACAUACUUUAUUGUGACUUCAACUAUAUUUCUUAUCCCUUACAUUUUUAUUUAAUUGUCUUAGCCUAAAAAAAGAAGAAACUGUGGAAUACUACAGUAAAUAUUGUUUUCAAACACAAGCAAUAAUUCAAAUAGUUAUUUUCUUUUGAAUUAAUUUUAGACAUAUUUUGGAUCCUAUUGAGGGGAUAAGAGGAUGUCAAAAAAGUUAAAUACCUAAGUAGAAAAAAAUAUAGAAAUAAAGCCAAGAGUCUCUUUCAGUUCAAAUGUUAUCAAUUGUUAAUAAGAAAUUGCUAUCUGGGAUGACAAAAUUAUCUCUGCUUAGUAUCUUAUUAUAACUGAAAAAAGGUUUAUCAUUACAAAUGCCUUCCAACGAAACCAAGAAUUUCUCAAAAUAUUUAAUGUCACAUAUUAUAAGAAGUUAACUAAUCUAGCUUCUUAACAUCAAUUUUUAAAAAUAUCUUAAAAUUACUUUGUUUUGUAGUAAACAGUGAAAAAAAAAAAGUGAGGCUGAUGGCAGUGAGAGCAAUGGUCUGGAAGUGGUACCCUUCUACCUAGGUUCCCAGUGAGCUGUGGGGAGUGAUCCCUUCCAGAAGUCUGCUCACGACAUACAGGUUUGGGGGAAACACAAAGUUUCAUUUACAACAAAGACAGAGGGGACACACAUGAAAAUACUUGCACACAUAAAAAAGUUUGAUCAUUUUAUAGGCCUAGUGGAAAGGACAGAAGCUGGACAGUGAGGGGUGCCUGAACAGGCCUGGGUAAAGUAGUUACUACCACCGGGGCCUGGGAUAUAUAAACUAAUAACAGCGUUAACAGCCAAAGAAUGGAAAAUAAAAUGAAAGCACAUCCAUAACUGGAGGACUUCUUUUUUGUUGUUGUUGUUGUUGAGAUAGAGUCUCUCUGUCACCCAGGCUAGAGUGCAGUGGUGCGAUCUCAGCUCAUUGCAACCUCCACCUCCUGAGUUAAAGUGAUUCUCCUGCCUCAGCCUCCCUAAUAGCUGGGACUACAGGCACAUGCAUGCCACCAUGCCUGGUCCUUUUGUGUGUGUGUGUGUGUUUUUAGUAGAGACCAGGUUUCACCAUGUUGGCCAGGCUGGUCUCGAACUCCGGGCCUCAAGCAAUCUGCCCAUCUCAGCCUCCCAAAGUGCUGGGAUUGCAGGUGUGGGCCACCAUGCCCAGCUCUGAAGGAAUUCUCCACAGGUAGUCCUGUUACUGAGGAAUGCUGAGUGCUUACCAAGCCCAGAAUUUCAGCUACAGCUCUAGCUUGAAAAUGAUAGUCAGGCUGGGUGUGGUAGCUCAUGCCUAUAAUCCCAACUCUGGGAAGCCAAGGCACGAGGAAUGCUUAAGGCCAGGAGUUCGAGCACAGCCUGGGCAACAUAGCAAGAGCCCGUCUCUAUUUUAAAAAAGAAAAAGAAAAGGAUACCACAAACUUCCCUAAAGAUCAGUUAGAACUAGUAUUAAGUAGUUUCUCAAAUUUUCAGUAUGGAAAGUGCUGAGGUAUAGGAAUGACUAAAAAUCUGAAACAAUUUUUUCCCCUUAAAUGUGCUUGGCUAUCAACAAGAAAUACUGAAUAAAAUUCAUAUUUCAAGUUAUAAUUAAAAUCCAAUUUCCAAAGAGUCUUUUGCUAGAACUAUUAAAAUGCAUCUAAACCGAUGAGUUCAAUUUUUAUCUCCUCUAUAUUUUUGGCCUGCCAAAAAUGCUAAAAAUAAAGGUGCUAAUGAUUUGAGAAAUGGUUAAAAUAUAGAUACCACCCAACAAACAUGAGAAGAGUCCACAAAUCAGCACUCUCUGAAUAAGUUAGUACACUUGGGGUUAACUGAGAAAAAUUUCAUUUUUAGACAUGACACAAAAAAUAAUUUCAUACAGCUUUUUAAGCUAAAAUAAAAUAAAUCUUUCAGGAGUAUAACAAAGGUUGACCAUAGUCCAGAACACCAUGCCUCAGCACGCAGGCCAUUUAACCUGGGUUGUCUGGUCACACUGAGCUGUCACUCCACACCUUGGAGAAGCAGGGUGGUCAGUGCGACGGGCUGUCACUGCCAGCGCCACGCUGCUGAAGCUAUGAGAGCGUCUCAGGGUGAGCAGCAUGGAUUCCACAUCCUCCCCUGCUCUCACUCUCUAACCUACCCAUUUGGUUGCUCACAUUUUUACUUUCCCUAAAGAUACUGAUGUUAUUAAAAAUAAGCAUGAGUUCAUGGAAGAGAUCUCCAUGGAACACUGUUAAUUUUUUCAUUAUACCUAUACAAUUUAAUUUAAUUAUAAUGAAUUCUAGAAAGCUUAUUUCCAAUGGGCAAGAGAAAGAAAUGAAGCAGUUCUUAUGUCCAGAAUCUCCAGUGAGUUUUCAAAAGAUAGAGAGUGCUCCUUUUUUUUUUUUUUUUUUUUUUUUGAGACGGAGUCUCGCUCUGUCACCCAGGCUGUAGUGCAGUGGCGUGAUCUCUGCUCACUGCAAGCUCUGCCUCCUGGAUUCAGGCCAUUCUCCUGCCUCAGCCUCCUGAAUAGCUGGGACUACAGGCGCCUGCAACCACGCCCGGCUAAUUUUUUGUAUUUUUAGUAGAGACGGGGUUUCACCAUGUUAGCCAGGAUGGUCUUGAUCUCCUGACCUCGUGAUCUGCCUGCCUCGGCCUCCCAAAGUGCUGGGAUUACAGGCGUGAGCCACCGCGCCCAGCCCGAGAGUGCUCUUCUUAUGUGCAGUCACACCAUGGACCAGACAAUACCCCAAGGUCCUGCAGGCUUUCUCUCCUUAUCCAUCCUUUUUUCCCUCAGCUUCUUUCUCCUCCCUUCUGCUUUACAUGUAUAUAUGUAUGUAUGUAUUGAGUCAUCUAUUGCUAUUUAUUUCUUCCCUUCCUUCUUUUCUUUCCUACCUAGAAAAGCUGUCACAAGUCCUACUGCCUAUGAUAGGGAAAAGAAAAAGAAAAAGAAAAAUAUUAACUUUACUGCCACUGUGUCCCGUCACCCUCUUGGAGUUCUUCACAAGCUAUGUGAUUUGACUUGAAAGAAAUUUGAAGGUUUGGGUAAAUUUUCUGGACAAACAGAGUGCUUUAAAGACAAAUCACCUAAACAACAAUUAUUUGUUUAUGGUAGAAAAGGAGCUAUAGACAUCUUACUGCAUGGACUCCUUAUCUCCCCACCUCCUAUUUGCUUAAAAUGUCAACAACAAUCAGAUAGUUUCACUAUGAGGAACAAUUGUGUAUUAGUCUGUUUUCAUGCUGCUGAGAAAGACAUAUGCAAGACUACGCAAUUUACAAAAGAAAGAGGUUUAAUGGACUUAUAGUUCCACGUGGCUGGGGAGGCCUUACAAUGAUGGUGGAAGGCAAGGAGGAGCAAGUCAUGUCUUACAUGGAUGGCAGCAGGCAAAGAGAGAGAGCUCGUGCAGGGAAACUCCCAUUUUUAAAACCAUCAGAUCUUGUGAGACUUACUCACUAUCACAAGAACAGCAAAGGAAAGACCUGCCCCCAUGAUUCAACUACUUCCCACUGGGUCCUUCCCACCACACAUGCGAAUUCAAGAUGAGAUCUGGGUGGGGACAUAGCCAAACCAUAUCAAACUGUUUUAUAGUAUUAUUCUGGAUUAUUUUGGAAAGUCUGUUGCAACUAGUUAUCAAUACACCAAAGAUAUGGAAAUAGCUUCAUUAUACAAGCAUGGUCUUUAUAAUGGCAUUUGUUUAAAAUAUAAGGAUGGAAUACAUAGGUAAAGCAUGACAACUGCUUCAAAAUAAUACAAGGGGAUGUAUAAAAUUCCUCAAGCUGUAGACAUGAUUUGUGUACUUUUCUAUAUGUACAUUAGACUUCAGUAAAAUGUUUGCAUAUAACAAAAAGGGAAAGGGAGUAAUGAAGGUUAUAAUUAAAACAAAAUUGUCCCUGAGUCGACAACUGUUGAAGUUGGAUGACGAGUACUAUUCUAUUCUUGUACAUGCUUGCAAUUUUUCAUAAUGAAAGAUGUUUUAAAAUGUUACCUAAAACCUAAGAAACUCAAGCAAAUACAAGAUUCAGAAGCAUGGUAUAAAAGCAGUACAUCCUUUAAAGAUAGAUUCGGAUGCAAAAUAUAGUGCAUUAAAAAUGAAGAAUCAAUUCUUCUUUAUAAUUUUACUGAAAGCAAAUAAUUUUUCAUGAAAAAUUCUUGGCAUAAUUACAAAGGAGGACUCUACAAACUAAGAAACAGAAGUGUUCUAAUUCUGGUGGAAAAUUUUUUAUAUUUUGUAGUAUACUAGAAUAAAUUUAAGAUUUUAAAUGAGAGAAAGAUUUUUAAAAAUCUAAUGAUCUCCUAAAAACAGUAAAUAAGUUGCUUCUGAUAUAAGCAAAACUAAGAGUUCUAGUACAUCAUAUGAACUGUUUGGAUAUCCUGUGCAUUAAUCCUACUUUAUUCAUUCUCUCCCCAGGCACUGACCCUCCUCUCCCCAUUAGCAGUCAGUAACAUUUAUCAAGCACUAUAGAGAAAACUGGCAGCCCAGGAAAGAUAAAAGGUUAAACAGUGAUUGUUUCAUGCAGCAAAAAAUAUCUAAAAAUACGAAAGCUUUCUUGGUUUUCCUAAUAGAAGUCACUUAUAACAGGUGCAUUAAGUCUAGCAGUUAAUGGAAUCUGAAUUUAGAAGUAAUAUUUUCUACUUAGUUGAACAGAAUUGGUUGCACUGGAAUACACCAAUAAAUUCAUAUUUGUCUUUGGUUUUUCAUAAAAUGCUUCAUUCUAUUCAAAAGUGCUGCAUGAAUAGUGUCACACACUACAGGUAUUCCCCAACUUACAGAAGGGUUGUGUUCUAAAAGCUCAUCUGUAAAUCGGCUUCCUAGAACUCAGAUCACAUUUUUUCACUGAAAUAAUUUUCUAAAGGGCAGUUAGGCCAUCAGGCCACCCAAUAGAAAUCAAUAAAGUCUAAAUUUAUUGGACCUACUGUGAUUUAGUGAAGCACUGUGGUUUUUGUUUUUUCAACUAACCACUUUGAACCAUUAUUUAUUUGGUAAAUGAAAUAGGGAUUCUAGGACUACUACUCUCCAAUGCUCUGUGCAGGCAGAGACACAUAUAUAUAUGCACAUACAUUCUCCCUUACCCAGAUCUGUGUACCAAAAGCUUCCUUACUCAUCAGAGUAAGCACACUGAAGCAGUUUAGACAAAAGGCUCUUGCAUUUGAAAGCUGGGGAAGUUACAGUUCUAUAGCCUAUUAAAGGAGCAGUGAACAUAGAAGCUUCCAUAGGAACUAUUCCUAUUGAGUCUCAUAGAUGCAAAGCAGAGUCUUGCAGGCAUUUGGUGAAUUGUAACUACUACCAGAUUUAUCUUCCAGAAAUAUGGUUUAAAAACAACUUAGCAACUUCCAUAAGUCCUAGACAGAGUAAUCAGGCAAAAGAAAGAAACAAAGGGCAUCCAAAUUGGAAAAGGGAAAGUCAAACUAUCUCUGUUUGCUGAUGAUAUGACUGUAUACCUAGAAAGCCCUAAAGACUCCUCCAAUAGGCGCCUAGCUUUGAUAAAUGAAUUCCGUAAAGCCUCAGGUUACAAAAUCAAUGUACAUAAAUCAGUAGCACUGCUACACACCAACAAUGACCAAGCUGAGAAUCAAAUUAAGAACUCAAUCCCUUUUAUAAUAGCUACAAAAUAAAAUAAAAUAAAAUACUUAGGAAUAUAUUUAACCAAGGAGGUGAAGAACUCUACAAGGAGAACUAUAAAACACUGCUUAAAGAAAUCAUAGAUGACACAAACAAAUGGAAAUACAUCCCAUGUUCAUAGAUUAGAAGAAUCAAUACCAUGAAAAUGACCAUACUGUCCAAAGCAAUCUACAGUCAGUGCAAUUCCUAUCAAAAUACCAUCACUCUUCACAGAAUUAGGAAAAAAAAUCCUAAAAUGCAUAUGGAAUUUUUUUAAAAAGGCCCAAAUAGCCAAUGUAAUCCUAAGCAAAAAGAACAAAUCUAGAGGCAUGACAUUACCUGACUUCAAAUUAUACAAUAUAAGGGUAUCAUAACCAGAACAGCACGGCACUGGCAUAUAAGUAGAUAUGUAGACCAGUGGUACAGAAUAGAGAACCCAGAAAUAAAGUAAACAUUUACAAACAACUGAUCUUCGACAAAGCAUACAAAAACAUAAACUGGGGAGAACAAAAGGCAGCAGACAGCUUCUGCAGCCUUAAACGUCCCUGUUUGACAUCUCUGAAGAGAGCAGUGGUUCUCUCAGCAUGGCAUUCGAGCUCCGAGAACGGACAGACUGCCUCCUCAAGUGGGUCCCUGACCCCUGUGUAGCCUGACUGGGAGACAUCUCCCAGUAGGGGAUGACAGACAAGGGGGCUUCUCAAAACAGGGGGGUGCCCCUCUGGGAUGAAGCUUCCAGAGGAAGGAUCAGGCAGCAAUAUCUGCUGUUCUGCAGCCUCUGCUGGUGAUACCCAGGCAAACAGGGUCUGAAGUGGACCUCCAGCAAACUCCAACAGACCUGCAGCUGAGGGGCCUGUUAGAAGGAAAACUAACAAACAGAAAGGAAUGGCAUCAGCAUCAACAAAAAGGACAUCCACACCAAAACCCCAUCUGCAGGUCCCCAACAUCAAAGACAAAUGGUAGUUAAAACCACAAAGAUGGGGAGAAACCAGAGCAGAAAAGCUGAAAAUUCCAAAAACCAGAGCAUCUCUUCUCCUUCAAAGGAUCGCAGCUCCUCGCCAGCAAGGGAACAAAACUGGAUGGAGAAUGAGUUUGCCAAAUUGACAGAAGUAGGCUUCAGAAGGCUGGUAAUAACAAACUCCUCUGAGCUAAAGGAGCAUGUUCUAACCCAUCACAAGAAAGCUAAAAACCUUGAAAAAAGGUUAGAUGAAUGGCUAACUAGAAUAAACAGUGUAGAGAAGACCUUAAAUGACCUGAUGGAGCUGAAAACCACAGCAAGAGAACUUUGUGACGCAUGCACAAACAUCAAUAGCCGAUUCAAUCAACUGGAAGAAAGGAUAUCACUGACUGAAGAUCAAAUUAAUGAAAUAAAGUGAGAAGGCAAGAUUAGAGAAAAAAAGAGUGAAAAGAAAUGAACAAAGCCUCCAAGAAAUAUGGGAUUAUGUGAAAAGACCAAAUAUCCGUUUGAUUGGUGUACCGGAGAGUUAUGGGGAGAAUGGAGCCAAGUUAGAAAACACUCUUCAGGAUAUUAUCCAGGAGAACUUCCCUAACCUAGCAAGGCAGGCCAACAUUCAAAUUCAGGAAAUACAGAGAACACCACAAAGACAAAGAUAAUCCUCAAGAAGAGCAACCCCAAGACACAUAAUUGUCAGAUUCACCAAGGUUGAAAUGAAGGAAAAAAUGUUAAGGGCAGCCAGAGAGAAAGGUCAGGUUACCCACAAAGGGAAGCCCAUCAGACUAACAGCAGAUCUCUCGGCAGAAACCCUACAAGCCAGAAGAGAGUGGGGCCAAUAUUCGACAUUCUUAAAGAAAAGGAUUUUCAACCCAGAAUUUCAUAUCCAGCCAAACUAAGCUUCAUAAGUAAAGGAGAAAUAAAAUCCUUUACAGACAAACAAAUGCCGAGAGAUUUUGUCACCACCAGGCCUGCCUUACAAGAGCUCCUGAAGGAAGCACUAAACACGGAAAGGAAUAACCGGUACCAGCCACUGCAAAAAUAUGCCAAAUUGUAAAGACCAUCGAUGCUAUGAAGAAACUGCAUCAAUUAACAGGCAAAAUAACCAGCUAACAUCAUAAUGACAGGAUCAAAUUCAAACAUAACAAUAUUAACCUUAAAUGUAAAUGGGCUAAAUGCCCCAGUUAAAAGACACAGGCUAGUAAAUUGGAAAAAGAGUCA